AUGUUUUCUCCCGAGACUUUCGGAAUCAAGGGAUUCCUGGCCAAGAAACAAAAGCAGAAUCAUCCCAUUCCCCAGUGGAUUCGGAUGAAAACUGGUAAUAAAAUCAGCUACAACUCCAAGAGGAGGCACUGGAGAAGAACCAAGCUGGGUCUGUAAGGCAUCGCACAUCAUGAGAUGCCACACCUAAUAAGCACACAUUUUUAAGCUGCAUGAAGAUCAU